AUGGAGAAAGAUGGCAAGGUUCAUCAAGCUUGUGCCUCUUGCAAGCAUCAAAGAAAGGGGUGCCGGCCUGAUUGUGUAUUGGCUCCAUAUUUCCCUGUGGAGAAGACCCAGAAAUUCCAGGCGGUCCACAAGGUUUUCGGCGUAAGUAAUACACAGAAGCUAAUCAAGGACCUUGAUACGAAAGAAAAUCAAUCCAAGGCCGUCAGCUCCAUCAUCUGGGAAGCCGAGUGGCGGCUUCUUGAUCCAAUCAAUGGAUGCUGGGGAGAAUACAAGAAGUUGCUUGAAGAAGUUAAGAUGCUAAGGCGGAAAAUUGCAAAUUGUCCGAUGUGCAGCGGUGCCAUAUUCAAGCAAAAUCCAUUCGGGUGGACCACUAAUAAUAAUAUUACUAAUACCAAUAUCGUUACUAAUAAUAACAGUUUUGGGUAUGCUAAUACAAAUGGAAAUUUGUUAUUAGAACCUCAUGCCACAUCAUAUCUACAGGGGUUAGAAAAGAGCUCGCAAGGAGGAGAUCCUCUCAGCAUUAGGUGUACUCCACACUCCAUGGAUGGACUUAAUCAGCACUAUUUCAUAGAAGACCAACUACGCGAGGGGCGGGAACAGAUUAGGUGA